AUGAGUUCCGCACCAUCGACCCGCCUCCUGGCGAGGUCGCUCUUCCAGAAUAAUGCCGCCGCCCGUCCCGCGACGGUGACCCGAAUGUCGCCCUUCCUCCGAUCCUUCUCCCAGACCACGGCGCCCCGCGCCGACGAACCUUCCGAUGCGAAGAAGGGAGGCCAGGACCUCCUCAAUGCCAUGUAUGGUAGCUCGAGGGCCGCACCGGCCGCCUUCCAGACUCCAGCAGAGCAACCAAAGACUGCCUCGACCCCCGGUAACCUGUCCCAGAGCCUGCUCUUCGACACCCUCAACCGCGCCUCGAACGGCAAGUCUGGUCUGGGCGCUCUCGACAACCUGAUGGAGGAGCAGGAGGACCGCCUCGAACCGUUCCACAUGCACAUUCUCUCGCACAAGCACAACACACACGUCACCGUCACGAAGCCCGACCGCGGCGCCAUCAUCUCCAUGUCGACAGGCAACAUUGGCUUCAAGAAGUCCAAGAGGAAAUCCUACGAUGCGGCAUACCAAUUGACGAAGUACGUUCUGGAGAGACUGAGCUACAUGGGAUGGCACAAGAAGAUCAACAAGCUCGAGGUUGUGUUGAGAGGAUUCGGCCAGGGAAGAGAAGCAGCCGUGAAGGUUCUCAUGGCCCCCGAGGGCAAGAUUUGGCGCCAGAAGGUUGUUCGUGUGGCAGAUUCGACCAGGUUGAAGUUUGGUGGAACAAGGAGUCAGAAGCCCAGGCGUGUCUAG